AUGGCAGAGUUUGAUGACCAGCACAACAGAGUUCCUGAGUCAGUCUUCCUGGGCGUUCUAUGGGCUCUCACCGGCCUAUCUUUUAUGUCUGUUGUAUUCCGUUUAUAUGCUCAAGUUACUUCAUUCCGACGACUAUUCAUAGAUGACUUACUCGUUUUCCUUGCUUGGGUCAUUAUACUCACCGCUGCAGUCAUUUGGCAAGUCAAGGGCAGAGUUCUCUACGAGUUAUACGCUAUCAGCGCUGGCACAAAGCCAUUCAAUCUUGAAUUCUUGCCGAAAUACAAUACAUUCAUGCGCUAUAACGCUCCAUUUCAGAUACUAUUUUAUUCGGCGCUGUUUUGUGUCAAGUUUUCCUUCAUGGCACUUUUCUAUCGGAUCAGUGCCAAGGUCAAAUCCCUCCGCAUCUGGUGGUUCAUGGUCUUUUUCUGUACAGCAAGUGUCUACAUCGCAUCUGUGGCUGAUGUCGAAUACAAGUGCAGUUUUGGAGGUCUGGAGUAUCUCAUGACUCAAUGUCCUCAACCUUAUCACAUUCAUUAUGAGAAUCGCAUGUUCUGGGCCAACUGUGCUGGGGAUGUCAUAACCGAUUUGAUGAUCCUGUCCAUUCCCUUCCUUGUGCUAUGGAAAACACGAAUCUCACUCCGCAAAAAGCUCAUUAUGCUGAGCAUUUUCUCCGCAACCAUCUUCAUUAUGGUCACCGCUGUACUCCGGGUGGCUGUUGGGAUGAACUAUGAACGUCAGAUGAAUAUCGACUGGCUAUGCUUCUGGAGCUUUAUAGAAGUGGAUGUUGCGAUAAUUGUAUCCUGUGUCGCAUCUCUCCGCCAGCUCUUCGUCGUCUCCCAGAAUCAGAGCUCCUAUGCAAGAGCCACUUACCGGAAUACGGACGAACACAUUUUGAAUAAAUCCAAAGAGGGUUAUGGCCAAGAUCUGUCGCGAUCUGUCGGGGAUGUUGAAUCAGAGGUACCCAUGUCGCCGUUGAGCGUUGUACAUGUUCGUCAAGAUUUCGAAGUGACUCGUGUUGAUGCAAGCCAGCAUACUUAUGGUGACAAGUUAUUUCGACAUCAGACUAGCUUUGACUAG